AUGGAUGCAGACGACCUCGACGACUUGGAGUCUCCCGUCAAGAAAACCUUUAGCAGUCGCGCGCGCCGGCUAAACAUAUUCGGAAACAACACCUCCGACUUACCCACCAACGCAUUCGCAUCAAAUGGAAGCGGUGAAGCUUCCAAAGCUCCUCCUAAACCGAGAAGAAAUAGCGGAUGGGCGGCGGAGGAUAGUUCGUCGUCUGGGCUGUUUCGCUUCAGACGGCCGUCUGCACGUCCCCAGAGCACCGUCCCGAUCGAAGUUCCAAAGUUGACCAAAAAUGAGACCGUCUUAGAAAGAGACGACUCUGAUUCGGAGAUCCCCAGCAUACCAGACUUGGGAGACUUUGAGCGCGAAGAUCUUACCGCUCAAGUGGCUCAAGCUCCGAGCGUCCCUGUGAAUCGUGUCGACACGUUCCAGCAACUGGACAAUGAGCUGCUGAAGCAGACAGCGUUCGCAACACUUGAUGGAUGUGACCUCAGACUGCUCGCAAAGUACCUGACUCCUGAAGAAUACCUCAAGGAGCCAGACACGGUGUGGACGUGGGACACUCUAUUCACCGAAGUGGCUGCCGAAAUCAACAAGUCAAGCGACGGCACACAGGAGGCCGACGACAAGCAAAACAUGCCGAUGUGAUCGCCUUUACUCCUACACUCUGCUUUUUAUGUGCAAUGCAGUGAAUAUUGGCAUAACAUUUUCUGUGUUCACGCAACGAAAUAGUAGUUCAUUGUUUCCUUGUCAGAAAUUACGUAAAAUCAUUCUUCAUUCAAGCUCGAUUAUGAAGGGAAAAAAAAGCCUUUAAUCAUUGCAAAACAAAAGUGGGGCAUGCAAAAUAAAGGACAGAAGAGAAUGUGGUAUCACAAAAGAGGACACUCUUAUUCCCACAUUUGUCUGUCUCACUGAUUCUUGAAAUAAAUUCCAUCACCUCCGACGAGCCCCGGCGAACGGGAGUCGACGGACGGAAAAGAUUGC